GCAGGAGCGUGUUGCAGGGCUGAGGAACGGAGAGCAAAGCGCAUCGUGCUGUUCUUGGGUUGUUGUUUUUUUUUAAUGGUUGUUCUUGUUCUUGCUGUUUUCUGUCUUUGUCUCUGCGUUAUUGUGGAUUAGCCUUUUCCCUCUUAACAGUUAUCAAGUCAACUACUAUAUAUAUAUAUAUUUAAAAAAAAAAAAAAAGAGUUGUAUUUUGCGCUGUGGAUGAUCUGCGGCUUCACAUCGCGCGCACGGAACGGACCGGAACUAUGAACGGCUUUGGAGUAAACAUUCAUCACCUGUAAAAGCGAAAGAAAGAAAAAACAGGUUCUGGACAUUCGUGUUGUGGAUUAUUUAAAAAGGUAGGCUACACCAUGGGCGUUAAACCCAGCCAGUGAGUUUGUACUGUAUGAAGAUGUGUCGUCUGUGAUCGUUCCGCUCCUCGCACCGCUCCUCGGCUCAGUCUCGCACCCAAUGCACCACACUCUGAGUGGAUCUACAGUUUCCGCUUCACGCAGCCCGACCUCCGAGACCCAACACGGUAACUUCACUUUCAGAAAGCUCGCUGGAAUUAAGGACACGUCCACCGCUUUGUUAAAGCCCUCGGAUCCUGUGCGUCAGGCGAAGCGUCUCCCCAUUAAAGUAGUGAAGAUGCUGACCGCGCACUCGGGCCACUUGCUCCACCCGGAGUACCUGCAGCCCCUCACAUCUGCCCCCGUCAGCAUCGAGCUGGAUGCUAAGAAGAGUCCACUGGCCCUCUUGGCUCAGACGUGUUCUCAGAUAGGUAAACCGGAUCCUCCGUCUUCAUCCAAACUUGCCUCCAUUACGUCUAGUGGACUGGGUGAGAAAGAAGGCUCAUCUCGCACUUCCUCCUCAUCCCUAAAACUUGCAGAGCAACGUCCUUCAUCGGAUGACAAGUCCAGCUUCAAGCCUUACUCCAAAACAGGCCCAGACAGCCAGAGGGAUGGGAGUAUCAGCAGCAGCAGCAGUAACAAGCCUGGCUUUUGUCUUCCCGUGGGUGGAGGUAGUGGUGGCAGUAGCACACCGAGCUGUCAGUCCCACCAUGCACGUACUGUUUCUCCAAGUUCCAGAGUGGGCUCGCCUUCACAGACUCAGGCGCACAGACACACUCUUUCACCUAGCACCAUGCGUUCCACUGGACAUUCACAGACUGGAAACGGGGAGGCAAAAAACACAGAAGUGGCACUCUCUGACAGCAGCAGCAACCCAAAGAAGGAGGCAGAGUCAAGUAAGGUGAGUCUGGACAGUCCUCAGUUGGCCAAUUCGAGCCAUACCAGAGCAAGUGUCAACUCCAGUAGCUCAAGCUCUGAAAGCAGCCCCAGUAACGAGGGCAAAUCAGACCCACAACCAUCUCAGCCUGGAGGACUCGGGCCUGUUUCUAUCUCUCCUUUCAAGUCCAGUCACCCUGUCUUCCCCCUCCCAUCGUCCAGCAUGGGCUACCACGGUUCUAUAGUGGGCACUUAUGCUGGCUAUCCCGGUCAGUUUGUUCCUGGCUUAGACCAUACCAAGUCCAGCCUCGGAGGUGCUGGCGUAGGAGUUGCAGGUAAACACCCCAGCUCAAGCCCACUGACUGGAGCAUCUCCACCUUCAUUCAUGCAGGGUUUGUGUCGGGACCCGUACUGUUUAAGCUACCCGAACACACCACACCUAGGUGGCAACUGUGGCACAUGUGUUCAUGACCCCUCCUCUUCAAUAAAAUCUGGCUUCCCAUUGGUUUACCCCCAUCAUCCUCCAUUGCACUCGCUUCACCAGAGCUCAUUGUCUUCCAGCAUCACACCAUCACUUUCUCAUCCACUCUACACGUAUGGCUUCAUGCUGCCCAAUGAGCCUCUACCACAUGCAUGCAACUGGGUCUCAGCCAGCGGGCCAUGCGAUAAGCGUUUUGCCACCUCCGAUGAGCUAUUAGCCCACCUGCGCACACACACCUCACUGCCAGGCAUGGAUGGAAAGCUCCUGUCCACAUAUCCAUCAUCUUCCUCCGCAUGUCACCUCCAUCUGCCUCCCCAGAGCAGUCCAGCUUCUCUUCCUGCUUCCUUCUCAUUGAGGGCACCUCCAAGUUUGGGCUUGGCUCGAUACCAUCCCUACAGUAAAAUGCCACUGCCCACAGCACCAACACUGCCCAUGCACUCUUUACCAACCUCUGCACCCUAUUACUCCCACUACGCCCUCUACAGUCAGAGACUGGGAUCUGCCUCAGCCCUGGGCUACCAGUAAAAUGGACUCCAUUGCUUCAGAAUUCUAGAGCCAGAACAAGCAGCGCACUUGCAUGAUGACUGCUAAGACAUCCCGCUUGGGAUUUGACCCUGUCUCUAUUUUCCCAAUAAUGGGAAAAGGAAAGUGAAUGGAACAGAAAAGGUGGACAAAAAAGGAAUCCAUGGACUCCCCAACAGCUGAAAUUAUGGGUGUUCUAGGGUGCAUGCAAGCUUGAGACUGUGUGAGACUGAAGCGCCAAUGCAGUUUUUGAACAGAAUUGUAUUUAUUUUUUAACAAGCGCUUGGCUUUUUCCAAUUUAUAAUCCAAAACAGUUUACUUCCAGAAAUACUGAGUUCAUCUAUUCAUUUCACUCUUAAUUUAACUGUUCUCUGCCCAUUAUUUGUACACACUAUGCUGCAAAUCUUACGCUUCAGACGUUUCUUUUCUUUUCAUAAAUCUGUCCUGUCUGAAUCUGUCUGCUUAUUGUGUCUGUGCGGUAUGAAUGUGCAUGUC